AUGGCCGCCCAAAAGGAUAUGCAAGACCUGCUCCGCUUGCUAACAACAGGCCGGAACAAAAUCCCCAUGCUCGCAGCAAUGCAACGCGUCAAAGCUCUUCAAUCCGCCAACCUACGCAGUAUAUCGGACAUAGCAGCAAUCGAUUUACCAGCCCUAACUACAGCUCUAUCCUCCGACGAAAAGACCGCCAAAUCCCUCCUCGCAGCCUGUAAAGCCUACCUCAAAUCCGGCUCCUCCACACCAGGCAAACGCUCCGCCGCAGACACUCUCUCACCCACCAACGGACCCUCCAAGCGCACCAAAUCCGCCUAUGAACUCUCACAAGAACCACAAACUCCCGCUGAGCUCGAAGCCUCCCUAUCACUUCCCCAACCCUCCGCAGACGAGGAGGCGAUCUCGAAAUGUGUCGUCGUCACGAAUCGUGCGCCGCUGGUUCUGGCGUUCGCAGUACAGUUGUUGAAGUAUACGAUGCCGGAGCAGCCGCUGAGUGGGAUGCUGAGUCUUGCGCAAGCGGUGGUGAGUGCCAAUUCGAGGAGUAAGGCUGUUAGUAUUGGAAUUGAGAAGGGGAAAGGGGCUGAGGAGGAAGGAUGGGGAAUGGGGCAGCCGAAGGUGAGGAUAUUGGGGAGGGAGAUUAGUGUCUUGAAAAGGAGUGGGUAUGAGUGGAAAGAGGAGCAGGAGAAGGUCUCGGAUCCUGCUGGAGAAGUUGGAGAGCAGAGUACGGCGGGGAGUGAGCAGACCUUGAAAGAGGAGCCGAAUUCUGGUGCUGUUGGUCUGGAAGGUGGAAGUCAAGCCGCGACUUCUAAUGGCUGGACGGUCUCAUCCCCAGUGACAGUCAAGAGCUCAACAUUCGUCGCUCGCUCCAUUACCAUCACGAGCCCAGCAGACGCGACUUCCGCUCUCCAAACCCUGCUAUCAGAGAAUAAGGACCUCCGAGAAGCAAGCCACAAUAUCUCCGCCUGGCGCGUUCAGGGUUCCCACGGUAUUCUAGAAUCCAGCAACGAUGACGGCGAGUCCGGAGGCGGUCGCCACAUUCUAGGUCUUUUGCAAGCAGACAAUAUCGUAGGCGUGCUUCUCGUAGUUACGAGAUGGUAUGGAGGCAUCCUGCUCGGCACAGACAGAUGGCGACUCAUGAGCAUGGUCUCACGAGAUGCCCUAUCUCAACGUCUUAGGAUCGCUGGUGUUGUUGGCCAGGAUGCACUGUGGGGCCUUGAUCUAGAAGGCAUGAAGAAAGCGAAUUCUUCUGUUACUGGAAGUGGAAUGCCGAUUCAUAGGCCUGAGGGUGCGAGGGCUUAUAUCUUGAGGGCAUUUGGAUCGCCUGAAGCUGAAGGUGGGAAUAGGAAGAAGAAAUCAGGAGUCGCGAUAGAUAGGGAGAGAGAGGAGAAUUUGGGCUUGCUGCUGGGAGCGUUGGACAUGCUGUUUAAGUCUUGGGAUGGCCAUGUUUCGAGAGAAGAGCUGGAUAGGAAGGCUUGGGGGUGGUAUGUUCAGGUGAGACCUGAUGUUGCUGGUGGAGUGGCCGGCUGGGGUGGGAAAGGAGAGGUGAAACUGAGUGAUAUUUUAAAGUUGAGGAGGAAAGACUGA